UUUCAAAUUCAGGAACCUGCGAUUUGAGGAAUUAUGAGGAGAACAGUGGAGUCUCGAGAUAAAUCCAACAAGGCUGAGAUGGAAGAAUCACGUCGCCCCAAUGUGUCAGAGGUGCCUCAACUGGAUCCAAAAGGGUUACAUGCCCAACCUAAAUGGAAGACACAUGCUGAGUACUUAGCUCAGAAAGACAGAAAUGAGCUGUUAGAGAAGAUAGACGAACUUCAACAGCGGACCCAGGCGAUGCGGGUUAUGAUCAAAAACCUAACGGCAGAAGUGCAGGAUCGGGAAAAAAGAGGGGACCAUCUGAAAGAGCAGAAUAAGAUCAUUCGUGAUGAACUGGCCCAGUUUGAAUCUCAUAUACUCCAAAAACAGGCCGAGAUAAAGACUCUGCUGGAAGAACUUCGAGAAGCUCAGGAAAAGGGGAAAAUUACAGCUGACGAGAACCAGCGCCUGAGAGAAGGAGAGGUUGGACGUCAGGCAGCAAUGUUUGAACUUCAGGAACUCAUCAGUGUUAAAGAUGAGGAAAUCCAGAAGUUUAAACGCUCACAGCAUGAGCUUCAGAAAAGUGUAGUCUCUCUGACUGAGCAGAACAAGACGUCCAGCAAUGAGCUUGCUCGACUUGAGUCUCUGGCAGCAAAACUAAAUGAGGAGAAGAGAAACAUGCAGAAAGCUGAACGGGAUCUUCGGAUCCAAGUGGAGGUGGAUAAUGAACAAAUCCACAAAAUGGAGGAGCACAUAACGAACCUAACCAGGCAAAUCGCUUAUAAUCAGGAACAGUUAAAUGAAUAUCACAUCCUAACAACUGAUCAGAGGCAAAAGGUCUCUGAUCUUACAGGCCAGCUAGAGGUGAAGCAAGAAGAGGCGAUACUAGCUAGCGUUGAGCAGCAGAGAGAUGAGAUUUUAUUUGAGACGACAUUGGACGAUCAGAGCGAUGGCACCUGCUUUGCCGCUACACAUGGGGAUCAGAGCGAUGGCAUCUUCUAUGAUAAUACAUCGGACGAUCAGAGCUAUGACAGUGUCUGGGAGACUACAUCUGAGGAUCAGAGUGAUGAGUGCCUCCCAGAGAAACCAGCUUCUGUGUUUUGGACCAAGAGUUUCUGGUGGAACACUGCUAAAGUUGUAGGUGUGUCACUUGCCAUAGCCGUUGUGGGUAUAGGUGCCUAUAACGCCUAUUUCUGAUGGACUAUGCCUUUAACAAGCUACUGCCCUUCUGCCACCACAUUGUACCUCCUCCCGCCUAAACUAGAAUCCCUACAAACUACAACUCCACUUUAAAUCCUAACAACAGGUUCAUUUAUAAAUAUAGAUUAUGAAUGUGAUAAACAUAAUUUAUAUUUAUAAAUGAAUGGGCACGGUGGUGGAGUGGUGAGCACUGUCACCUCACAGGAGGCGGGCCUUUCUGUGUGUAGUUUGCAUGUUCUCUCCGUGUCUGCAUGGGUUUUCUCCGGGUACUCCGGUUUCCUCCCACAGUCCAAAGACAUGCGGCCCGACAUGCGGCCCAGGAGUGAGUGUGAAUCAUGACCUCUCACCUGACGUGAGCUGUGAAGGCUCAUACUGGUUGAGAGGUAUAGGUGGCUGUGGCUCAGGAGGUAGAGAGGAUCGUCUGCUAAUCGUGAAGAUUGGUGGUUCGAUCCCCGGCUCCUCCAGUCUGCAUGUCGAAGUGUCUUUGCUUGGGCAAGAUACUGAACCUGAAAUUGUUCCGAAGGCUGUGCCAUCGGUAUGUGUGAAUGAGCUGCUGCUGCCCUACGGCGACUAACAACAGGUUCAUUUAUAAAUAUAGAUUAUGAAUGUGAUAAACAUAAUUUAUAUUUAUAAAUGAAUGGGCACGGUGGUGGAGUGGUGAGCACUGUCACCUCACAGGAGGCGGGCCUUUCUGUGUGUAGUUUGCAU